AUGCUGGGCCUGAGUGAAGUCGAGAUCAUGAACAAAACACCUGAACAGGUGUACCCCGAAGUGUGGGCAACUGUGCUGGCCAUCCUCUGGCUCCACUCCAAUGCUGUAGAGCAGAGGGAUGAAUGGGAGCUGCUAGAAGCAAAAGCGCUCAACUGGCUUCAAGCAAGUUCAGGGUCUCAGCUAGUGGACUGUGUGAAGACUGGCAAUGCAGUGCUGGACUGUAGUGUGAGCCCCCAGACUUUGGGUCUCUGAGCUCCACUUUGUUCCUUUGUGCCUUCACUCCCUCUUCUCAUCCUGCCCCAGUGUAACCGGCUGCUUUUAGGGGGGCUUGACUGAAUUUCUUGGACAGUCAUUCAUUCCCAUGCCUGAGAGCCUUCCUUACCAGUGCGUUGGGGCUCCACUGUGCCUGAACAUUGCUGCUCUUUUCCCAG